UGCCGGGCUCACGGACUCAUCCCCUGGCAGCCCGACCUGCUCUGCGAGGACGCUGCCAGGGCAGGGCUGAGCCUCGCUCGCUGCUCCCGGCCGUGCGGGGAGCGCCGGGGGACAGAGCCGCGCUCGGGGCCAGCUCUGUCACCGCGGGGCUCCUCCGCCCACGAGGAAGUUGUCCCGAAAUAACUCGGCGCUUCCCCUCCGCCCCGCACGCUUUGAAGCGGCUGCAGAACCCGGGAGACGCCACCCGCGGCCCCGCCGAUGUCCCCCGCGGGACCCCGCUGUGCCCCCCGCGCCGGCCCGGCCCUCUCGGGGGGCUGCGGCUCCCUGGGCCCCCCGAGCCCGGCCUGAGGAAGGCACCGUCGCGCUCCAGGCCAUGCCCCAGCGCCGUGGGGAGCUCCGCGCUCUGCCCCCCGAGCGGCAGCCCCGGCCCGGCCAUGGAGAGCUCAGAGCUGGAGUCGGACAUCCUGCGGCGGGUGCGGGCGCUGCUGCGGGAGCUGGAUGGGCACCACCCAUCCUGCCAGAGCGACCGAGGAAUGCUGCGCUGGACCCUGCACAAGAGAACGGACCAGAACCCCAGAACCAGCUGUGUCCUGGUCAGCAUCCUGGUGAAGGAGCUGGAGAGGGCCGAGCGCGGGGACCUGCGGCACUACAUCAUCCCCCUGCUGCACACGCUGAUGUACACCUUGAUCCAGGCUCCCUGCAUCCCUGACGAGCUCUGUGCCAGGGUUUAUGACUUCUGCAAGAGGCUGCUGACCCUGCCCAAGCCCUUCUGCACCAUCGGGCUGGACUAUGCCAGCCGGCUGCAGCUGGAGAGGACAGCCCCAGGGACCCUGUUCCAAAGGAUGGUCAUUGCUGAGCAGAGCCUGCCCAGCGCGCCCUUCCCCUACCAGGAGAGGAUUUUCAUCUUUGCUGACCCCGAGCUGCUGCCCGAAGCCAUCUGCAAGGCGCUGGCCACCGACACCGAGGCGGCCCAGGUGUCCCUGAGCCCCCGGGGCUGCAUGAGCUGCGUGGUCACCCACGCGCUGCAGGCGGCCCUGGGGGACACCUGCGACACCCACGGCCUCCGGGCACGGCUCCAGGCCCUGGCCCCGGGGGACGUGGAGCACUGGUUCCAGCAGGUGGUGGCGGCUGUGGAGGGCAGCGAGGGGGGCUCAGGCCGAGGCCAGCACAGGGAGCGGCUGGAGAGGAUCUACCAGGGCCUCCUGGGCUCCUCGCCCGCAGGGAAUGCUCCCCAGGAAGGGCUGCAGGGGACCCCCCUGCCCAACCCCAACAUCAGCUUCCACCUGUGGACAGAAGAUGAGCAGCUCUGGAAGGAGCUGGUGCUGUUCCUGCGCCCGCUGCCGCAGGGCUGCGAGCCCGAGGGCCCGGGGCAGGAGGCGGAGGUCGCGGAGCUGCCGGAGCUGCUGGAGGGCUGCGGCUGCUGCGGGCAGAGCCGCUUCUCGGUGCUGUCCACGGACAGCGGCAUCGAGCGGGACCUGCCCGCGGCCGAGGAGCCGUGCGCGGCCUGCACCCAGCGCCGCCCGCUCCGCAGGAAGGGCGGCAUCAAGAAAAAGCCGUCCCCGCUGGGCAGCGCGGCCCUGCUGCAGGGGAAGCCCCCCGGCAGUGUGCCCGGCGGGGCAGGGCUGCCCCCCGAGCCCGCCGCCCCGCUCCGGAGGCUGCACACCGCCCGCGUGGUGCUGCUGGGGGACGAUCGCGUCCUGGGCCGCCUGGCACAGGCCUUCCACUCCCUCAGGAAACGGGAGGCCCGCCGAGUGUUCCUGACGCCCAGGCUGGACCUGCAGUUCUACCACAUCCCCGUGGUGCCCUCGGCUGCAGCCGAGCACGCUGGCCCCGAGGAGCUGUGCGAGGUGGCCGGGUACCUGGGCAGGGCUGACCCCUGGUACGAGAGCAACAUCAACACCCUGUGUCACAUCAUCCCCAAGCUGGCCACCAUGCCUUCCUCACCGAGCAGGGCCCUGGUGACCGACCUGUUCCUCCCCGAUGUCAUCGCCUACUACGCCCGCAUGGGCACGCAGCCCGUCCGCUUCCAGGUGCACUCCGUCAAGGUCCUGUUCCAGGACCCGGCACAGGACCCAGCUGAGGACGUGUUCCUCACGGAGCUGCUGACGCAGGUGCAGGACAGCCCCUCGCACAGAGCAGAGCUGAGCACGGCCAAGAGGAAAAGCACCCUGGAUGGGCCUGGCAUGGAUCUCACAGUGACCUACAGGAGGGUCGUGCUGAGUGCCCGGCAGAAGGAGCUGGCCCUGUCCCUGCGCUCCACGGGCCUGCUGAUGAAAGCCAUCCCUGCUGAGGAGGCUGAAGGCCUGGGCUGCCUGAGCGUGACCAUCACCGAAAUCAUCAAGAGCAGCAACUUGGCAGGCCGCUCGUUCUCAGCUGUGGCAAACAGGUUCAGAACACGGAAUAUCAAGGUCAGGAGCCCAGAGCAGAGACCCUUCACAGUGCGGCUGGACAAGGACAGCAGGAGAACCUACAGGGACGUGAUCGGCCUGGACGUGUCUCCCUGCCUCGAGCCCAGCUACUGCCUGCAGAAGACGAGGACCACGAAAUUCAGCCCCCAGGAAGCAGAAGACGUGGGGCUUGUGAAAUACCUGCCCAAGUCUCUGCUGCUGCCCAUCAACACUUUUGCAGGAGUCAUCCCGUGAAGGAGACGGGAGAAGGGGCUGUGAGUUACGACGUGGGGUCAGCACGGAGGACAUGGGGAAAGAAAACGCACUAAAAGCCACCAGUGGUGACUUGAAAUGGUAACGGUGUGAAGAGCUGCCCCAGCAGAGGUGGAUAGGCUUGGAGGGCACAGCCCUGCUGGUGACAGUGUGACCGUGGCUGACAGCCCCUGCCGAGGGUACAGCCGUGCCGGUGACAGUGUGACAGUGGCUGACAGCCCCUGCCCAGGGCACAGCCCUGCCAGUGACAGUGUGACCGUGCCCCAUGCCCCUACCAAGGGCACAGCCCUGCUGGUGACAGUGUGACCGUGCCCCAUGCCCCUGCCCAGGGCACAGCCGUGCUGCAGGACUGAGCUCUCACCUUUUGCACAAGUCAGGGAAAAGCUCUGAGCUCCUCCACCGGGGAGGAGUGAGGAAGACCCGCGGGGGUGGCGCUGGCUGUCCCGGGGAGCCCAGGGCCGCCGGCAGCAGCAGUGAUGCUUUUGGAGAUGUAUCAGAGCCCGGCAGGGGUCAGGUUUUCACCUCACAACCCGAACGCUGCUGGUGCUCCCCUGUGCCGGACUUGAGCAGCAAACAUUGAGUCCCUGAAGGAAGCUGCGGGGCGGCAGGAGCUCUCGGGCACCUCGGAUAACCCCCAAAAGCAGCUGCUGUUGUUGGGGUCGUGCGGGCUUUAAGGGGUGAGCUCUGCACCCCUUUGCCUCUUCGGGGCUUCCCUGUGGGUUUGCACACGCAAAGAAAAGGCUCCAAAAGCCAAAAGGCUUGGAGCUGGGCUGGAGGGUGGGCUGGUGUCCAGAGUUGUUCUGUACAGCUGUAAAUUAUGUAGAUGGAUGCUAAAUUAUUUGUAUAGGAGUCAUGGAUGACUUGUACGGGAGGGUGCAGAACUUUUAGUGCCAAUUGAAAAGAAUUGAAGCUGCCA